AUGGCCAGGUCUUCUAUUCAUAGGCAACAAAGUCGCCCCACUUUACCUCCAGCAAAGCUGCAGAAGCUCGAAAGGCUUAGCCUUUAUUACAAUUUGCCGGAAGCCGCUAUUAUAUGUACUAAAUGCGGUUUUGCUUUGAGUCCUAAACGAACAUCGGAGCAUCCGGGCAAAAAGCACGGCAUUGCCAGAUCUGCUCGGCAUAGCCUCAAGCCCCUCCUAUCCUCAUUAAACCUCCCAGAUCCAGACACCUUGGUCCCCAGGCCAAAUGGAUCACGACGCCAUCCGUACCUUCCAGUACAAGAAGGCUCUUCAUGUAAACGCUGUGGUCUCCAUUGUGCUAGCUGGAAUGUUCUGGCGGAUCACCUGAGGGCCGAACAUCGCGACAAGUUGAAGCGAACAGCCAGAAAAAACAGCCGACAGCACUGGCUGCGAGACCAUACCCAGCAAGGAGUUCUCUUCCAGAGCUAG